CUCAGACUUCUCCGCAGAAGCAAAGAAUAAAGGGAAGCGAGCAAAGUAUUCCUGCUUACUAGGGUUCUAGAUCUACUACGGGUUGAAGGUCUACUAAGUCUAAUUUGGAGCAGAUGGUUAUUUCAUAAUUAAGUGUCAUUGCACGAGGACAAGAAGGCAAUGAUUAUUGAAGCAGGAAGAUGAUCAACUAUUGAAUCAGGAUUUUUUUCAUCUCGAUUGGAGUAAGUAUGUUUUUUGACUAUGUAAGGUUCACCAGCUUAAUUACGCGUCAUAUUCAUGAUACUUGGAGGUUCAUAAAUCCCUUUCCAGGAUGCAAUCAGCGCUUGCGCCAGUCUCUGAGUCAGCAGAAUGGAUGGAAUCAACACUGGAGGGUGGCGGUGAAGAGAAUGAAGUCGACGAAUUUGAUGAGUUGUGGGAUGAAGUGGCGAGUCAACAAGUGGACCAUCAACAGCCUGCAGUGGUGAAUAAGAAGAGUGCUGGGCGGGGAGGACGGAUAGAAGUACCGACGAAGACCUUUAGAGCAUCCUCGUCGUCACCACGAACAAGCAAUACUUCACCAAGAGCAGGCAUCCCUGGAGGAGGAGUGUCUUCUUCUAGCGCUACUGCAAUGGGAGGAAGACGGGGUGAUGCUGGCUCUUACCGCGCGGAGUACGAGAAGCGAAGAAAAUUAGGCGGGGCAGCCGGCCAGUCAUCUCCGGGGGGCGGUCGAGUGAGCCGCGACGGCAAGGCGAGUCCGAAGGGCAGUCCACGGCCAGCUGGUCCGAGAUCGAGUGGAAGUACUAGUCCAAAAUCCGACAAGGAAGGAGCAGGACGGGUUUCGUCUCGGAGUCCAAAGCUUAGUCCAAAGCAAGAGAAGACUAGUCCUAAAAUCCACAUAGCCACAGUCUCCCUAGUAGAGAGUGACGAGAACGAUGAGCAAGAUAACACCAAGGCGUCACCUGAUCAAGAUUCAUUAAGUAGAGGUAGCAAUGCGAGCAAGGCACAAGCAGCUUCUCUGUUACCCCAGCCAAAGGCCGUAUGGGGAAAUGGAAAGACCCAGAAGGGCCUGUCCCCCGAUGAAGCAACG